AGAGUGAGAAACUUGCAAAGUUCUUUUUGUUCCCUCAUUGUAUUUUCCCUUCUAAUGGUUCUCACAAGCUCAUUGAGAAGAUGCUGUGGAAAUGGCCAGGCUAAUCGGGUACUGAGUAUUAAAUGGUCUCUGAAAAUUUUAUUAACUUGGAGUAUGACCUGCAUUGUCUCUGUCCCCCCUCCCCUUUUUUUAUAAUUCUAGUGCCUCUUCCCAUGCUUCACCAAACGCUUUAUCUUAUGCCAUAAUGCUAGUUUGUGGUUCAUUAUUACUAUAACGGCUGUUGCUGAGAAGCAGUUUCCAAUAUGAAGCAGAUAACUUUAGCCAUCCACUUAUCUGCCUGAGAUUCAGAGAGCCUGGUAACAACAUAGGUUUCUCCAAUACAUCAUUGUGCCUGCACUGCUGUUCGUAGCUGCAGAACACAGCUCUUAUUUCUGGCUAGAAGGAGAAAGGAGCUGUUCCUUGAUAAAUCUUCUAUCUGCAUAAAUGUAAGAGGAGCACAAAUAUGAACCACUGAGAAGGAAGCUGGAAUGUCAAUUGAUUUUAUAUCGCGUCCUGUACCCUUUGCCCAGGAAGAAAGCUUGUUUACAACGCCUAGUAAACCUCUUUGCUGAUGCAAUGGAAGACAUAAGGGCCAAUGGCAGGCGUAGUUUUCUCCGGGAAUCGUCGUUUACUGUUGCAUAUUGAGAUGAAUAUAAAGAUGGUAUGGUUGGCAACACUGAUGGCUUGAAGAAAACCAUCGCCCAUGAGGAAAUAUUAAAUCAGCACCCCAGUCUCAACUGAAGUCAUGGGAUGCGGCACUUCUAUUACGACGAGGCGGGUGAACAAAUCAGAAAGAGCAGCUGUCCUCAUUCAAAGGUGGUAUCGCUCUUACAUGGCCCGGCUGGAGAUGAGGCGGAGAUAUGCCCUGAGUAUCUUUCAGUCAAUUGAAUAUGCAGAAGAACAAGCACAGCUACAGCUAUCUAAGUUUUUCACAUUCAUGCUGGACCAUUUUACUAAGACCAAUGAAACUGAUCCAGACGUCAGCUCUAACUUUUUCUCCACCACCAGUGAUUAUACAAUGAGAGAAUAUGAACAGACCAUUGAGGUCCCUGCCUCCUACUACGGGCCCCACCUUUGUUUCCCCCUCACUGUUGCUGACACUGAUGUUCUUCUUCAGGCUUUCAAGCACCGACAGCACCUCCACGCCCGAUACGUUCUUCAGCUGCUACAUGAGACCAGGAAGGUCCUUCAGCAGAUGCCAAACAUCACACACCUCUCCACCUCUUAUACCAAGGAAAUAACCAUCUGUGGCGAUCUUCAUGGAAAGCUUGAUGACCUUUUGCUGAUUUUUUACAAAAAUGGACUUCCUUCAGAGGAAAACCCCUACAUUUUUAAUGGGGAUUUUGUGGACAGAGGGAAAAAUUCCAUAGAAAUACUCAUAAUCCUGUUUGCCUUUCUACUCGUCUACCCUAACCACUUGCACUUGAACCGAGGAAACCAUGAGGACCAUAUCAUGAAUCUUAGAUAUGGUUUCACAAAAGAAGUUAUGAAGAAGUAUCAGUGCUAUGGAACAGCAAUUUUACAUCUUCUGGAAGAUGUCUAUAGCUGGCUUCCUCUUGCAACUAUAAUUGACAGCAAAGUUCUUAUUUUACACGGAGGGAUAUCGGACACUACUGAUUUGAAUUUCCUUAAUUUAUUUCAGAGAAACAAGUUGAAAUCUGUGCUGAGGCCAGUGAAGUCAAAUGCAGAGACAGUCUGUAAGCCACGUGGAGCUAGUCUUGUAGAAACCUGUUCCCACCGGACGGAGGCCACGAAGUCCCUUUCCGGGCAGGACAUCUCUCUCAAAGAGGCCACGAGGUCCACAUCAGCACCUAGCAAGAGAAGGCGAUACAGUAGGGAUGUGUCUGAUGGCAAAGAGCAUCUUGGCAACCUUCCUGGCAGAGGCAGUUCUCGUCUCCUUCCGGAGGUGCAAUAUCUUAAGCCUGGCACUGUUACCACACCGAACACAUCCUCAGAAUUAACAACAAAGGAGUGGAAGCAAGUGGUGGAUAUUCUCUGGAGUGAUCCGAAACAUCAGAAUGGAUGCACACCAAACAAAUUUCGAGGAGGAGGUUGUUACUUUGGACCAGAUGUUACUGCCAGGUUGCUAAGACGUUAUAACUUGAAAAUGCUCAUCCGGUCUCACGAAUGCAAACAGGAUGGGUAUGAGAUCAGUCAUAAUGGAAAGGUUAUCACUAUUUUUUCUGCUUCAAACUACUAUGCAGAGGGAAGUAAUCGCGGUGCUUACAUCAAACUAAACCCAGAUCUGAUCCCUCGUUUUGUUCAGUAUCAAGUCAGCAAAUCGACACGCAAAGAGACGCUUCAUCAGAGGGUGACAGCAAUUGAGCUGUCUGCUUUGAAGUGCUUGCGAGAGAAACUUUACACACACAAAUCGGAACUGAUUGCUGCUUUUAGACAGUACGAUCCAAAUUAUACAGGAAAGAUUUCUCCCAGUGAGUGGGCUUCAGCAGUGGAGUCUGUCUUAUGUCUCGAUCUUCCCUGGAGAACAUUGCGUUCACGGCUGGUUUACCUGGACCAGGAUGGUAGAGUUGAAUACCUUUCAUCUUUUGACAAUUUUGAAAUCCAGCUACCCAUCAAAGAGGUCCAGCCAUUUUUGGUGGAAACCCUGUGUAGAUACAAAGCUGAUCUGGAGAUUAUCUUUAAUAUGAUUGACAAAGAUCAUUCAGGUCUUAUCUCUGUUGAUGAGUUCCGUCAGACAUGGAAGCUCUUCAACUUGCACCUGAGAAUCAACGUGGAUGAUGAAUCCAUUGACAGCUUAGCCCGUAGCAUUGAUUUCAACAAAGAUGGUAGCAUUGACUUCAAUGAAUUUCUGGAAGCUUUUAAUGUGGUCCAUAAAUUUGAGAAUAGGUACAAUCACUAAAGAAGCUGAAUUCCUAACAAGCCCCUUCCCCCCGCACUGCACAUUUGCUUAAAAUAAAUUGCUGCCUUAAUACUGUUAAGUUUGAUUGAACAGCAUUUCUAGAAAACAGACUGGCUGGGGAAGGCACUACUUUAUGAUAUGUAAGCGUAGCUAUUUGGCAGAAUGCUGCUAAUGCGAUGUAUAGGCAGAUGGAAAAAAUAUGGUUAAAAACACAUAUAAACUACGCUGUCCACAAUAACUUCUGUAGUGCCAUAUUAAUAAUCUCAGGGUUACUCUAAUAAUGGUUCCUUUAGAUGGCUUUUUCAUAUGCAGUGUUUUCUCUCUUGUGAAACAUACAGUUGUGUCAGACAAAAAAAUUUAAAUCCAGUCAUGUUUGUUAAUAUUUUUUUCCAGUGGGGAAAACUGUCACUGCAGUCCAGACAUCCACAGAUGCAGCUGAGCCUGGCCUGCUUCCUUUUCAGGGUCAGAAUGGGACAAAACUGGUGUGCAGCCAGUGGUGGAGCACCCAGAUCUCUAGGUCAUUCCCAGAGCUAUCCAUAAAAGAUGAUCCCUAUUCACCAAUGAGUUUUCAUGCACAGGUUGCCUGUUGCAAUUUGAUCCAGGUGAAUGAUAGUUUGCUGAUAAGGAGGCCACUUCCAGAUGGCGUAUGUAUUGAUCGUUCAUCCUGAUUUGUUUGCACAAAGGGUGCAGGGAGGUCAUAUGACAUUGGCUAUUUACUGAGUAUUCAUUCUGAUUUGGGAAUGUUAUGUAAUGUUGAAUCAAGCGACUGGAAGGCUGGAAGUUCCCACUGUGUUGUGCCUCUAAUUUUUGAAACCAAUACAUCCAAAUGUAGCUCAGUUUACCAAAGGGUAUCAAUAUCUUUGUAGAGAUUUUGUAAAAGAUGGCACUGUUUUCCUCUUAAAUCUUAAAAAAAAAACCAGAUUCAAUGUCCAAAUAGAUAUCUGUUUAUUUGUAAUUGUAUUUGUAUAUCUGAUGUAGCUAAGAACAGUCAUAGAAUCAUCUUUCAGUUAAAUCCCAGGGCAUGCUUCCUUUCUGAAGUGAAACACAUUUAGACCUGGUUAGUGCCUGGAAAAAGACAGCCAAAAAACCCUAUAUGAGCACCACCUUGGGUUCCCUGAUGGAAGAAAGGAGUUA